GUCCUCUAUGGUCGGAAUAGGCAGUAGCUGUACAGCGUGAUCAGUGCAGGAAUAAUAAUGGGUGGCGGGUCGAAUUCUUCUGUGAGGGUUGAAUGGAUUGUAGCAGUCUCAUUUGCUGCUGGAGCAGCAGCUGUUGGGUACCUUGCUUACAAAAAAUUCUUCUCCAAGGAGAGAUGCUGUAAUGCAAUGGUCAACCCGCAUAUCCAGAAAGAUAAUCCCAAGGUAGUUCAUGCAUUUGAUAUGGAAGACCUGGGGGAUAAAGCUGUGUACUGCCGCUGCUGGAGGUCUAAGAAGUUCCCAUUAUGUGAUGGGUCUCACACAAAGCACAAUGAUGAAACAGGAGACAAUGUGGGACCUCUCAUCAUCAAGAGAAAAGAUGCAUAAACAUCGACUGAUUUGGACAACACGAAAACAUGAUCUUGUUGCAGCGCUUUGUGCUCACCUAUAAUUGAAGUAAAUGGAGAUCUUAAGUCAUUUCACUGAAGAUUUUUUUUUUAAGAAAUGGUACACAGCAGGUUGCAGCAUACAUAAUUCCACUGUGUUUUCCUUGCUUAAACACUACAGAAUGUUGGGAAUGAGUACUUGUGAUUUCCAGAUUUUAUUUGUCUUGUAAAGUGUUCAUUCUCAUUAAGUGUAAAAAAAAGA